UGAAGUAAACGAAACAACAUUAUUUAAUCGUGAUAAUGAAGUAAAAGAAACAACAUCAUUUAAGCGCGAAGAAGUAAAAGAAACUUUAUUUAAUCGUGAUAAUGAAGUAAAAGAAACAACAUUUAAUCGCGAUAAUGAGAUAAAAGAAACAUCACAUAAUAAAGUAAAAGAAACAUCAUUAUUUGUUGAUAUAGUCGAUAAUCAGCUGGAAUUACCUGGUAUUAAAAAAGGAGAGACAAAUGAUCUUGCCAUAAUUAACCAACCAAAACAAGUGGAGAACUCACUUCCAAUCAUGACACCACCACCUGUUGAAAAUUUUGUGCCUAGUCGAAAAGCAAUAUCCUCUCAUGGAGGGUUGAGAAGGUAUAUUAAUGAGCCAGUUCAUAAUCCAGUUCCUCAUCGUCAUCGUUAUGAAGAUCAAGAUAGCUACGAGUCCUAUGAUUAUAUUCCAUCAAGAUUAUCAAGUUCGUAUAAUAGUUUGGAUCUGCCGUCACCAAGACAACAUGACUUGCAUCCUCAUCGAGCCUACACGGAUCCUUCUAAACGCGGACCAUCAGUAGCGGACAUGAGGGAUCGAUUCAUGUCGAUGAGCGACGAACGACGAUCAAUGUCUCCCACUAUUCGAGAUUGUCCGACACCGAGGCAUGGACGCGUAAGUGACCUGACAUCAAGAUUUGGAGGCGAGAGAAGAAAUCCGAAACGUUACGGUGCAACAAAUAAUCCGAGAAUAACGCAUGUCGAUGAUUAUAGAUAUGAUGGAGAUCGUGGUUAUCGUUCCCGAAUUGGUUAUAUGGAUAAUAGGUACUAUGAUCAGUCUCAUGGUGAUGCUAUACUAUCCGAUAUACCACGUAAUCAUCAUUGUAACUGUUACGAUUGCCAACAAGCAGCGUUAGAAAAUUCGGAUAAUAGAAUUCAACAUCAUAGUCACUAUAACGAUCCAA